AUGAAUGCGAUUCCGAGAUGGGUCGUCUUGUCCGGCUUGACUACCUCCUUCUACCUCUCCCUAAUAUCGCCAGCUUCCGCAGCAAUCAUUCAAAGUCGAGAUCCGGCAGUUUCUGCCAAUGAUUGGGACCCCGUACUUAAUGGGGAUUCGGGAGCAGGAUGUGCUGACCUUGCGGUGAUCUUUGCUCGAGGAACUUUCGAUGAUGGAAAUAUUGGCCCUUGGGUUGGUAGUUUAUUCCACGAUGCGCUAGUCAGCCACUCAUCGGGGAUCAAGAUCGCGAUGCAAGGCGUCAGUGCAAGCGAUUACCCGGCCGAUCUAGCCGGCUAUGUCAAAGAAGGCGGAUCGAAUAGUUGUGCGAAAAGUCUAGGGUCAGCUGUACAGAAAUACAAUUCCCACUGCCCAAACUCUAAGGUUGCCAUCUGGGGAUGGAGUCAAGGCGCGUUGUGUGCCCAUAAAUCGCUAAGCGAGCUUGGAAACGCGGCGGACAGUGUUAUCGCACUGGGAGUCUUCGGCGACCCUGUUGGCAUUUGGCAAGAUACUGUCAACUAUCCCGCGAUACCCUCAAACACCAAACUUCUAUCGUACUGCGAACAGACCACACCCGAUCCUCUAUGCACCAGCGUUACAGAAGACUUUCCAAGCAAUCCUAUCGAGUUCAUCAACAGGCUCGUAGCCAUAUGGAAACAGGUAGACUCGACGCAUAUGAAUGAUAGUCAGAAGGCUGCGCUCACGAGCCUAAUCACGGAGCUUCCGAAACAAGCCAAAAGCCAAAUCUCUCAGCUUGGAAAAGAUAUUGUGUCGGGUCAUCUAAGGCGCUGGAUGCUGACACCAGAACACUUUUGGUACGGCAACGACGGGACGGUCAAGACGGCUGUUGGCGAUCUGAUCAGCGUAUACCAGAGUAAGAAGUAG